AUGGCCACACAACUCGGUCGAGAGCAACCACAGGCUGCUCAAGUUCAACACCAGUCUUCUACCCAUAUGAUGAAAACUACAAAGUCAGGAAGACCAUUCGUCAAGGAUAUUCAUGAUUUAUUUUCCACGUUAAUCGUGUCAUUACCGAUGGAUAGUCAUCGGCACAUGUUUCGCAGUUAUCCAAAUACAUUCACCACAGAAGAAGCUGUGUUGAAUUUAAAUAUGGCAAAAAGUGUGUGCCAGACAUUUAUGGAUGCAAAAUUAUUCGAACAUGCGACCGAUUCAACGAAUAGAACCUUUCGCGAUAAAAAUCUAUAUGCAUUAACGCCAAAAGGAGUAUAUGUAUUGGAGAAAUUUAUGAGCCGAAAUGGAAUUGUCGCGAAUAAUUUAUCGAAAAUGUUUGCAUCGUAUUCAUCACCAAUUCGAUUAUAUUUUCUAGAAAGAAAUCCCGACAAUGAUUCAAUAUUAUUGAAUAAAUCUGCCAUAGAGGCGGUAUUUCGACGAUUUCUUGGUCUAUAUCCAAAUGACACAACAUCCGGUAAUAGUAACAAUAAUACUGAAGUGAUAUCCGACUCUUCCUCUAAUUCCUCAAGUGAAAAAGGAGAUCGUAAUUUGGGAAUUGAAUUAAAAGAACGACAACAAAAUCAUAAAACGUAUCGUCAUACAUUUUAUGGAUUAUCCGCGCUGGAUUGGUUAUGUGAUUUUAGCACUGCAAUCGCUCGUGAUGAAGCAAGCAAAAUUGCCAAUGAAUUUUUACGCAUAGGAUUAAUCGAACCAGUUCCAGAGAAAAAGUCAGAGAAACAACAGCAUGAACAAAGAUUUUCACGGAGUACUUUAUAUCAGGUGACUGAUGAAGGUAGAUACAUAGCUGGAUGGGAGUUCGAUUUACAACAAUCCAAUCGUAAUAAUCAUAGCAAUAAUGGAUUACGUGGAAUAUUGAGCAUGGCUAAUUUAAAUAAGGCCGCUGCUGACGCGUCAAUGAUUAGCAGUCAUGGAACAACAUUUACGACAAAAUCACAUAGUAAAGGCAAAAGCAUCGACUCAUUCCCGACAUUAAAACAAGAGUCAAAUACGAAAAGACUCCAGCAAAUUCUCGAAGAUUCAACGCUUUGCUCACUCCUCAUGGAGUUUUUGAAAGCGAAUUUCUGUGAAGAGAAUUUAAUAUUUUUAUUGGACGUAAAAAAUUUUAAAUCGAAAUACGGGAAUCAGCUGAACGAAACAGAACAGAAAAAUUUAAUUUCUGACGUUUUUCGAAUUUAUAAUAAUUACUUGGCACCCGUUUGUCCAAUUGAACUUAAUAUCGAACAUUCUCUGAAACAGCAGAUUACACAAUAUAUGACCUCGAUUGAAUCACAUGAUCAACAAUCAACAUCACCUGAACCUCCACCAAUCACUGUUAAUCUAUACGAUAAACUUGAGGAUACAAUCUUUCGAUUAUUGGCGUCGGAUUCUAUCCCAAGAUUUAUACGCACCGAUAAAUAUCUAAAUGCAGUGUAUGGCGCAAGUGCUGCGACAUCAAGUUCACCUCCGAAAAAUUCAUCAAGAUCAAUUACACCCGAAUCACAAAUGGCGACUACGUAUACUCGUCCCCUGCAGCCCCAAAAGCGUGUGAAACUCGUAUCAACUUGUGAUAAUUGUAAGACUCGCAAAGUGAGAUGCGACAAAGUGCGUCCUUCUUGCGGUGCAUGCACAAAGACCGCACGAAAUUGUAGCUAUGUGUAUUCUGCACAUUCACAAAUGCUCCGAGAAAGUGGAGGUAACGGAGCAGCAGCGAACAGAGCACAACAAAUGCAAGAAAAGCUAAACGAACUUCAAAGGACACAAGAACGUAAAAUUGAUCAAACACAGAAUUUCAUUUCAAUGUUUAUGCGAGGCUAUGAAGCUGACGUGAAUAACCAAGAAACGUUUCAGGGAUUUUUCUUGAGACCAGAGUUGCAACCACUGCAGCAGCAGCAGGAGAAUCCGAUUCCUAUGAGUCAAGGACUAGCACAAGCUGUUUUACAGCAUUCAACAGAGAUUGCUUCGAAAAUUCACAGAAUUACUGAACAGUGUGAGGUACCACCCGAAUUAUUGUCACAGCCACCAUCCCAAGAAAUAAAUCAAUCAAUAGUUCCGAACGAACAAUUGCGAAUCCACGAACUCACCACCGCUUUCGAAGAAUUAAACAUUUAUCAAUCGACGAGGUAUAUUGGAGAAGGAUCUUUGUUGUUGAUAGGUGAUGAGGAUGAUAAUAAGGAAAAAUUCAUUCCGCAAGGUGAACAAGAUCUAUCGGCUGUUCGGGAAUCACUUAAAUAUCUACCAGAUCCUGAAACAGUUGAUUAUUUAAUCUCAUUGUAUUAUCAGCAUCUUCAUCGAUAUACGCCUUUUCUUCGAAAGCAAGUGGUUCGCAAUGCACUGCAAAAUCUUUCAAAACCACAACACUUGCUCUUACUUAAUUGCGUAUUUUUCGCCGCAUCGCCUUUCCACGAAGAUCCAGCAAGAAAAGACGGGCGAGUUUAUUUUGAACGUGCUGAAGCCCUUCUGUUUGAAUAUUGUCGCACGCAACCACAUGUUCUCACCGUUAUCGCGACUGUUCUUUUGGGGCAUCAUAAUAAACAGCCGGUUGCAGGUUGGAUGUAUAACGGCAUCGCCACUAAAAUGUUGUUUGAACUUGGAUUGCAUCGUAAAAUGAAAAAUGUCAAGAUAAAGCUGGUAAAUGAAGUAGCACGAUUGAGAAAUGAAGCCUUUUGGAUAACAUUUAUUUCCGAAAAUUUCAUAUCAGCUGCCUAUGGCCGACCAAACAUGAUAGAAGAGAAUGAUUGUGACGUUGAUGAGUUGGAAUUACCGGAUGAUCUAAAUCCACCUGAUGAAGAUUCUCGAUUAUAUAUUGCUUUUGUCUAUUGUGCAAUGCUCAAUAGAAUCUGUGUUAAAGUGCGUAAAUAUAUGCACAACGCGUCACGGAUGAAGUUGAUACAAGAAGAUGAAAAUAAAUUUAGAUUAUUGGAUGCUCAACUUGGAAAUUGGUUCCAAGGGCUCCCACAAUGGCUUACUUUCACUGAAAUGUCGAAGGAUCUCAAUGGAAGUUUGUUGAAUGGCAUUGGAGGUGACCUGCAUCUCUUUUUCUAUACCGUUCUUAUACUUCUCCAUAGUCGACACCUUAAAACUCAGGGUGGUGCAUAUUCAGAGUAUACAAUUUAUCCACCGAACGCACCUGUGACAUGCACCCAAGCAGCAAAAAUUAUCGUUACUUGGCUUGACAUCUUAUUAUCAAAUGUCCCGGAAUUUUUCGCACAUAGUAUCUGUGGACCAUUUGCCAUAAAUCCAGCAAUGAGAGUAUUUCGUUGGAAUGCGCAGCAUGGACCAGAUGCUAAUGAUCCACGCGCUGCAGAAGUAAAUCAAAAAAUGGUAGAGAAUCUCGAAACUAUUAAAGUACGAGUUGCUGAGAUUUCACGUAAAUAUGAUAGAGGACGAGAGAAUGGAGACAACCAAAAUAGCUCAUAUAGUUCGACAUUCAUGUGGUUGGGCAAUCCCGAUUCUGGAAAUGUUGAGGAGGGAUUUGAUAUUGGUCAACGUGAAGGUGAAGUAUAUAUCGCUGACAAUGAUUCAGAAUUGAGAAGUCAAUACCGAAAAAUUACUUGGAAGACAACAGGAUCUUCUUUCGGGAGGAGAAGAUCAACACGCGGAAGCUCAAUUGGUGGAGGAAGUCGACAAAUGAGUUGGACCUCAAUAUCAGGAUCAAGUCAAAAUCGACAGAUGAGUUGGACAUCAAAUGCUGGUCCAAGUCGGAGGAUGAGUAGUUACUCGUCAACAAAAUGUUAUGCUAAUGGUGGUGUUAAUCGAUGGUAUACAAUGCAAUCAGGGCCACUCAACGAAGAACCUCAAAGUUUCACUGAUGAAGAUUUGAAUUUCACGUUUCUCACUGAUAAGAAAAUUGAAUUUUCUUCUUAUGAUCAACAACAAUCACCUGAUAUAGUUGAAGUGGAAGAAAGACAAAAAAGGGAACAAGAAUUAUUUGAACCUGAUGACUCAUCAACCUCAUCCAAUUACAUUUCCCCACAAUUAUCAUCAUCAACUUAUAGUAGUCCAUUAUUAUUGGACAGAGAUUCAAUUAUAUCAUCUCCAUCAAGUGCUGCAACUACCACUAAUACCGAAAGAACUGUACGACCACAUGAAAUAGAAAAAAAUCAAAGUCAAGCUUCAGGUGAUUUACAGCAACAGUUAACAUCACAACCACCACUAAUACAACAAUCAGAACAGGGAGGAACUCAACAACAACAAUAUUAUGACUUUUCAUAUGUAAUAUGGUCACCACCUGUGCAAAUACGAAAUCCAUUACGAACUACAUCUAAUUCUUCGUCUACUUCAGUGAUGCCUACUCCACCAUUAGGUCCGAACGAUGAGGAAUUAUUUGGACCAUCACUGGACGAUUUCGCCGAUGACGGAUUUUGGGAUGUCCUAAAGAAUGCGGGUGGUCUCCAUGACGAUGAUCUACUUUCACAUUGA